AUGGCUAGUCGAGGGCGUGGGCAGGGAUUGCAUUUGGACCUGGCUGCAGAGACCCCGGUGCGGAGUGCGGGAAACUCGCCGACGAAGCGUGGAGGGGAGCCUGGGCAGGGGUCGGCCAAGCGUGCUGCUACGGGCGAAGGAGGGGAUGCCAUCCGACAUGGGCAGGUGAUGGUCGACAUGGGUGACUUGGCCAGACUGUUGGAGGAGACAGGGAACAAAAUUAUGAAGGCGCAACACGAACAUCUCGAGGCGCGCAUGGGAGCCCUCGAGGAGUUGACCGGGAAAAGAAUGGCUUCCGCAGAGACCAGGCUCGGAACAGUAGAGACCAAAGUCGACACCUUGGAAACCAAACUGGAUGAGCUCGCCAAGAAGCUUGAGCAGGGUGAUCGCCGUGGGGCUGAGGGUGACAGGAGGCUGACGCUGGUGUACGGCGGCUGGCCCAGAGACAGCCGCCGUCACGACAUCUUGCGACAGUUGCAGAGGGCCCUGGAAAAGUUAGGAGUAUGGGACCUGGUGGACUCCGAGCCCUUCACGACUGGCCCGAGGCGCUCAACAGCUCUGAGCACCUUCCAGGCCCGACAAGGAGAAGGCCUUUACGAAGUUCGACGCCGGAUGCACGAUAUUAUUCGUGCUGUCUCCGACAAUGAGGUCACCCUUGCAGGAGGUAAGAAACUCUUCGCUACAUAUGCAAAGAACAAGCAGGAGCGGGACAUUGCCUCCCACGCGGCAUGGAUCAAGAGGACAGUCGCAGCCAUCGCACCAGGGGAGGUACAACGCCUUGAUCUUGAGUAUUCCACAGGGGGAGCGUGGAUCGGGACCAGCUUUGUUGGCAGCGCCAAGCAGCCGUUGCCACCCGGCCUUGGGGCGAAGGAUGUGGUGUGGGACGAGACCAAGGAGGGCAAGCACUGGGUCCAUGUGGAGGGUUUGGCGCGAGAGCUUGGAGUCUCCGCACAGGUGUCCUUUCCGCUUUAUAGUUGGAAUGCUGGUGGUGUGGCGGAGAACAACUACGCCCGGACCGACUUUGACGUCCCUACCAGACCACAGAGCCGGCAAACAGAUCGACGCGGUUCUGGGAACAAGGCUCAGGUGCAGGUGGCUAUUGCCGAGGGUAGAAAAGGUCGACCGUACCAGACUUCCCCCAAGAUCUGGAUUGGAGGCAUCACAGAGGUUUCGGGCCCCCUGGAUCAGCAGAAGUUGGUGCAACUGGCUGUCCAGUGCACGCGAGUCAAGUCUGGGGAUGCGAACAAGGACCCCCUGGAGGUCAAGGAUGCUUUUCGCCAGGCGCGGGAUACAGGGCUAGGGGUGGAUUGGACCGCAGCCAGGAAAUCCAGGAAGCAGGCACGAGCCGCCUGGGAAAGGGCCAGGCUGGAGCGUGCCACCUCAGGGGACUGGGCUGCUUAUAGGCAACUCCGUAGACCUGGCAAUGAAGGUUGGGAUAUGGUUUUCGCAGAGGCACAUGAUGGCAAGGACCCACACCAGGUAAUCCAUGACCACCUCGAAACGAUCUACACUACGGGGCAGGUUGUUCCGCCACUAGGGCCUUGGGAAGGGGAUAUUGACGAGUUUACCAUGGAAGAGUUGGAACAAGCAAUUGCUUUGGGCAAGAAGGGCAAAGCAGUUGGGGUGGACGGCACCAGCCACGAAUUCUUGGCGGGCUUGGCUACUCUUCCAGGGGGGAAAGAAGGUCUCCUCGCUUUCUUCAACGAUGUAUACAAGAGUGCCCAGGUCCCGUCUGAUUGGAACACGGCCCUUAUGGUGGUAAUCCCUAAGCAGCUCCACCCGGUUGACCCCAAGAACAUGAGGGUCAUGGAACUUGAGGCCGAGUGGAGACGAGGCAUAGUCAUGGCUAAGAUUGACCUACACAAAGCGUAUGACAUGGUGGAUCGCCCAGCCCUACUUAGCAGACUCAAAGCUGCCAUAGGCGAUGGACCAACUUACCGCUCCUGGCAUUCCCUCCUCGCGGAGACAGAUGCGGUUCUUCAAACAGGCUGGGACACCACCCGACUCCAGCUUGACAGGGGCAUAAAACAAGAUAGCGUCGAAAGCCCAGCCCCUAUGCCAAAGGUGUGA